AUGGCUGGUCCCGGCUCUCCUGCAGACCUGCAAGCUCUGCUCGCGAGAAUAAAACCUCGCCCGUCCCCAGGCGGACAGCCUUAUGAGAGCCAGUCGCCCUUCUACACUGGGCAGUUUGCCCAGCACCAGCAACAGCAGCGGAGCGGGGGAUCGCCUGGCGUCACGUCGCCUACUCAGUUCAGCUACGCCGCGCCAUACGCUUCCUCGCCUCUCCUUAGCCCUCCACUCCCUUCCAACCCUCCUCAGCAUGGAUCGGACGUGAUAAGCCCCAAUAAUUCCACCCCACAGAACGACGACCGUGCAAACUUGCUCAAAUUGCUGAAAUUUAGUCAGCCUCCAGGUGGACAGAGCUCCAACCCGCCAGCCGAGACGGGACUCCCAUCCGGCGCUUCAAUGCGUGUUGAGCCAGUUGGGCAUGACGGUGCUAACGGUAACGGCCUUCGUAUGCCUGGCCAGCGUAACAUUUCGGCUUCUGACAUUCUCGCCUCUCUCCGUGGCCCAUCAAAUGGUGGUGGUGCCUCUUCUACUCCGGGUCCAUCAUCUGUUGUACCAGGGAGACACAGCCCAGCUGAAAAGCUGGUUGUGGCCCCUACGCCUUCUGGAGACGCAACUCAGGAGAUGUUGCUGAGGUUGUUAAACCAACCACCCGCUCAAAAGCCAAAGGGGGCCGAUUUAACAUCUGCUCCUCCAACUGUACCUUCUGGCCAAGCUAUAGAUAAUACCAACAUCAGUGAUCUUCCAGCGCAUCUCUCCAACACUUCGUCUGAGGAACGUAAAAGUUCUCCGGUUCGAACUUUUGGCACCGCUGAAGUAAACGAGGUUACUCAGUUUGACCCCUCGCAACCUAAGGCAGCAAACAAAGGAACAAUCUUCAGUCAUGUCAACCCGUUUGAGCACCUUGCCGCGGCAUCUUCGAGGACCCGAUCCCCGAAUAGUCAGCCGCAUUCAGGCCGUGCUAGCCCUGCGGUUGGAGCUACCACUGCGGGGAAGGAGGUUCCAAAAGCCAAAAUCACUUCACCCGAGGCUUCGAAGCGUUCCGUUGCUCAGCCUGCGCCAGAGAAGGCCCAAUUUCAACAAACUGCGGUCCCAGGAGCCAAGGAGUCUACCAGCCAGGAUAACGGAGAGGUUUCUACUCCGGAAGGUGUUGCAGGAGUUGAAGGCACACCAGUAGCUAUCCCGGGUGCUAAAGUGGAGAAAUCUGCACCAGCACCCGAGAAGCCCACGCCUGAACCUUCUGCCCCCGGAAGUAACAUCCCAGCAAAAGCUACGGCCAAUUCUCCCAAACUUAUGCACGGUGCCUUAGAGCCUCCAGAGAAGGAGGAAGACGCUAAGAAACCUGUCAAAGUUGUAACAAUCUCCGGUGACGAUGAGACCAAAAAGGACAACAAAUUGGAAACGAAAAAUGAAAAUGUGGCGGAUAACUGGGAAACAGAGGCGGAGACUGAUCGCAUCGUCCCUGUCUACAACUUCCCGUUGAAGCCGUUCGUGUCCAUUACAUGGAAGACAAAUCUGAAACCGGUUGGCAUUCGUGAUGAUGGGGUGAUGGAUAUUGCUCGCCUUAAGAAAGGCUUUGACCAGCUCGAUCGUUCACUCACCUCCGCAACUUCCGAAUAUAUCGUGUACGCACUUGCGAAAAACGGUGGAGCACGUAUUAUUCGUCAGGACGAUGGUCAUGACCGACAGAUCUUCCGCUCAACCAAUGACAGAAUCUUCAAUGUUUCCGUGUCCCAGGCACCAGCCGGUUCUGCUAUCAAAGAGCAGGCUUUCCUUGGUAUUGGCGUUAGCGGUUCCGUUUACUGGACUACCAUUUCCCGUGCGGACGAUGAUUAUUUCGAGUCAGAUGUUCUCGAAUCUCAGAGCUUGAUCUUUCCACCUUUCCCAACCUCGGACGAGAAUGCCUCUGGCGGACAACUCAAGACUCGCGCGAAGCAAAGCUCUCGCCAUCCUGAAUUCUUCGCUAUCGGCCGUGGCAAGUCUAUUCACAUUGUUAGGCCCCGUGUCGCUUUGGCCGAGUAUGGUUUCACUUCUCCAGGUAAGGUGGAUACUGAGAAAUACUUCAAGGAGAAGUCUAUCAAAAUCGCUACUGGAAAGGCUGGAAAGGACUUCGUUUUUAGUGGUGAUGAUACUGUCAUUGCGUCGCUUGACAAGACUGGCAGAUUGAGAUUUUGGGAUAUCCGCGACAUCGAUGAAAUGCUUGUUUCCAACAAAUGCGAUAUCCGCAUCCCGCUCCUGACUCUUGUUACCGGUUCCUCCAAUGAGAAAUGCUGGCCCACCUCUGUUCUUUUCAUUGACAAACAGAGACCUUAUCUGAAAGCCCAUGCUCUGAGAUAUAUUCUUGUAGGUUUGAAACAAAACCAUACUCUACAGCUUUGGGACCUUGGCCUAGGAAAGGCCGUGCAGGAAUUGAACUUCCCUCACAGCAAUGAAUCAGAUGCAAUUUGCAGUAUUGCGUACCACCCGAGUUCCGGAAUCGUGGUCGUUGGCCACCCUACCAGAAACUCAAUCUACUUCAUUCAUUUGUCUGCACCCAGAUAUGCACUUCCCCCAAUGUCCCAGGCAGCAUUUAUUCAGGCUGUGACGAACAAAGACCCCGAUCUUCCUAAGCCUGACUCAACCGCUUGCAUGAGCGGAAUUCGAGAAAUCUCUUUUGGCUCGCGGGGUCAAUUGCGAAGCCUUGAACUUCUCCCAUUGACAAAGUCUGCCGGCCAGGAAGAUAACGGCUUAUUCGAGCUAUACGUUAUGCAUUCCCGUGGUGUAACCUGCCUUAGCAUCAAAAAACUUGACUUGGGCUGGGAUAUCGACAACAAAAUCAUUGAGUCAGUGGAUGCAUUGGAGAAGGGGUAUAUUGAAAUUAGGGAAAUUCAGCCCGUUCAGCCAGCAGAUGAUAGUAGCCGGGCUGAAGAAGGAAGUACGCCUCCCAAGAGCUCUCGUAACGACACCAAGGAAUUAAAGAAGGACGCUGUAUCCGUUACCAACUCGUCGGUUCCUGAGUCCCCAAAGAAGAAGCCAGUAGCGGAAUCCGUUUCUACCGUUGCUCAGCCCCAGCAAGAACAGACCACUGGCGAAAAGCCAGACAAGAAGAAAAAGAAGAAAGACGCUGCUGGUAAACUUAAGGACACCACAAAGGCACCAGAGGACUCUUCUGAUGCCCCAGUCACGUCGCCUGUUAAGCAGGUUAUUGGCCGAAAGCAUACUCCAGCAGAGCAACCUCGCCCUCGCCAAGUUGAGACUGAAAUGCCAGGUGAAUCGGUCAUGUCUAUGCAAGCUAUAUCUAAGGAGGUACAGAAAAUCGAACAAAACUUGACUUCGAUGUUUACUGCAUCUCUCAAUGGAGGACUUGAUACCGUGUAUCGCCGUUUUGAGGAUGAUCGUCGUGCCCAAGAUAAACUUGCGACUAUUCGACAGGAUGAAGUAUUGCGCUUGGUUUCGAAAACGUUGUCCGAAAAUGUUGAGAAAACCCUUGCCCACAUUGUCUCCGAAAGCAUUAAACAGUCCGUGCUUCCAUCUCUGAAGGAGGAUACUGCCUCUGCCUUGGAUAAGCACAUCAAUGGUGCUGUCAAGGCUGCCUUGCCAGAAGCAAUUUCCAAAGCAAUGCAGACCCCUGCUACCGUCCGCGCCAUGUCUGAGCUUAUGUUGCCCUCCAUAACUGGUCACAUUCAAAAUGGACUUGCAAGUGUCGUUAACAAAACCAUUAUCCCAGCGUUCAAGGAAGAACAAGCCCACACAGCUGAGAGGGUCGCGAAAGAUGUGGAACGGAAAUUCGCUGCCAAAAUGAAGCAUCUUGAAAGCCAACAGAUCAACGACAGCACCAAGAUCGACCAGCUUGUAUCAUUGGUCAGCAACAUGAACGACGCCUUGUCUACGAUUGCCCAGGCUCAGAAUGGUUUCGGCGCUGAGAUCCUUAAGCUCCACAACCAGAUGUCUGCCAAGCAGGAGCAGGAGCAGGAGCCCUCGCAGAAGCAAAUCUUCGCUGAGCAGAAAGUCGUUCACAACAUCCAGCCAUCCGCCACAGAGACUGAGCUUACUCAAAUCAGCCAGCUUAUGGAGGAUGGUAGAUACGAGGAGGCGUCUAUUAAGUGGCUUCAAUCUUCCCAGCAGCCUGAUCUCUUCAAUAACCUAUUCGUGAAAUAUAAUCCAUCGUACCUUGCAAGCUUGUCGCCUGUGGUUGCUCUCUCCGUUAGUGCCGCAGUGUCUUCGUCCAUGGACACUCACAUCAUGGAACGCUUGAACUGGUUGCAGCAAGUUCUUCGCACCGUUAACAUCUCUGACCCUACAAUAAGUGAAAUUGCUCCCCGUAUCAUGGAAAUUCUGAUCCAGCGCCUUGAAGCGUUGUUCGUUUCCAUUGCCCAGAAGACUCCUAAUGAUCCCAUUUUGCACCGAAUCCCACCAAUUACCCAGUGGGCAGCCGUUCUCAGAGAUGCAAAGUAA